AUGGAAAGCAAUUCUAAGCUGCAUCAGCACCAUUUCCUCCCAAUAAACCCACCCCUCUUUCACCUCAAUUCAAGUUCCUCUGAUAACUUCGAAGUAGGUCAUAUUCUGGCUAACAGCUAGGAUGAAAUAAGGACAGAGACUGGUGGAAACGAGAAACAGUUCAUUGGAAACCUUUUAAUCGAUGACGAUGAUGAUGAAUAGAAUUUUAAUUUCAAUAAGGACUUACACAGUCAAAAGUAUCAAAUCCACAAUCAAAAUAUCAAUUAGAAUCAGUACUAAAGACAAGUAAACGAGACUCAUUAACAAAGUGAAUAAGAUGUGGUAAGACUGUCUCCUGAUAAUUACAAAAUUAGCAACAAUUAACAAAUCAUCUACAAUUAUUAGCAGGAAAAUGUAAUAAAAUAAGACCCAGUUGAUAAACGAAAUAUGCUAAAAUACUAAUAAAAUUUAGUAAGACAAGAUAAAGGAAGAGUCUAGACUUAUGACCAGCUAUAGGAGUAGCAAUUGUGGGAUUAAGGGAGAUAAACAUAACCUCUAUACGAAAGACUCUUGAAACUUGGCUCAGGAACGCUUGAAUAUGGUUAAGAUGAGGAUCCAUAGAUAGAUGGAUAAAAUUUUACGAAAAAAGGUUACAUGCCUGAUGAUGGCUUUUUUAAUAACUAGGAAUUUAAUCAACAGUCUAAACUUGUUAAUAAUAGAUCUGGGACAAUGAAAAUAUAAAGAGGACAGAAUUAUCAAUAAGACAUGAUAAAUGAUAAUACAAUGUCUCAAAAUAUUGAAAAUAUCCAGUUACAAGGACUUCAUCUUUAGGAAGAUAUCAUUAAUAAUGACAGUCGUUCAACUAAGAUCUAUCAGAACUUGGGGUAGUUAGAUUAUGAAUUUGACCAUCACUCACCAAGAAAGUCUAAUUACAAUAGAUAAUCAGGUCCAGGAAAGGGUGAUUCAAGUACAACUAAAGGUGAAUCCAUUGAAUUAAAUAACUGCCCAUUCGUUAAUGCUGAAGAUACAAAAAGCGACUACUCUGAGUCGUUCAUAAAUGGUCCCAACAGUUUUAAUACUGCUCCAUUUCAAAGUUUAGGAAGUGUAAAUUAAGGAAAUUCGACUAGUUACCAAAAUAGGCAGAAUUAAACAGGAAAUUCAAUAAACAUCAGUACUAAACAAUAGUAAAGAUACUCUCACAAUAUAGGGGACAUCCAUUCUUAAGAGUUUAAUGAGACUAAAUAUCGAGGCUUAAUUGCAUAAGAUCAAUUCUUUCAAGGAAUUAACACUCAAAUAACAAUUAAUAAUAAUGCAAUGCCAUUACAAAAUCAAUACUCAAGAAAUUCAGGCCCCACCUAGAAUCCUUAUUUUAACCAGAAUAAUGAGUAGGUAAUAGAUAGAAAUCACUUCGGUUAAGCUAUCCGAAAUAUGCCUCAGAUGUUUAAUUAAGGGAUACCAAACUAAUAAAGUGAUGUUGGCUUUUUAUUGAGCUAAUUAAGGCUAGAGAAUCAAAAUUAAUCUAUGGGUGUAAUCAGCCCUACCUAGAUGCCAUAUAAUUCUGGAGAGUACCAAAAUCAAAUUAAUCCAGUCUAUUCUUAAUUUGAGUUAAACCUUAAUCAAUAAAGAAGCCAUUAAGUUAUAAGUCAAAAACCACAGACUUUCAACUAUUAAAAUCAGUUAGUGAAUCCUUAAUUUAUUCAGUAAAAUUAGAUGAGUCAAUACAACAUGAUGCCCCAAUAGAUGAUUUCUUAAUAAAUACCUUAAAGAAAUUAGAGUUUCCAUUAAACAGGGAGAAACGGUAUGCUACCCCCUACUUACCCUUAAUAAUUUAUGUCUUAAACUCAUGUAAUUCCUACUGCUACUUAAUAAUAAUAGUAGUAAUUCAUUCCUGUAAAUCAAGUAAUUUAACAAAAUAUUAUGCUUCAAUAAUAGCAAAAUAUCUAUGGGAGAUCAUCCAAUGUAAGCUAAAGAUCUAAUGCUUCUGUCUUGAGUGGAAACUAGAACUCAAGACCUCAAAUGACUUAGACUUCAGCCUUUUUAGAGGAGCUAAAAUUAAGAAUAAAUUCAAGCAAAGACAUUACUCUCCAAGAUCUUUUGGGCCAUUUUAGUGAAUGCUCUCUAGAUUAGCAAUGUUCUAGAUUUAUCUAAUAAAGACUAGAAGUUGCAGACGAUGAUGAGAAGUAGCUUUUAUUCAAUGAGCUUCUAAUUGACUCUUAAAAAUUGAUGAAGGAUGUCUUUGGAAAUUAUGUUCUACAAAAAAUGCUUGAUUAUGGCAACCUUAAUUAAAGAAAAAUGCUUUAUCUUUAGCUGAAAGGAAACAUGAUGCCGUUAUCUAAGGAUUAGUAUGGAUGUAGAGUAGUCUAGAAAGCACUUGAGGUGUUAAUUCUAUAGCAAUAAGACGACCUAAUCAAUGAAAUAAAGCCUAUGGUUCAAGUUUGCGUAGAAGAUUAGCACGGUAACCAUGUAAUUCAAAAGAUCAUUGAAUAAGUUCCAAGCGAAAAAGUUCAAUUCAUUGUAGAUGCAUUUUAAUAAAGAGUUUACGAAAUGAGUGUUCACUAGUAUGGCUGUAGAGUCAUUUAAAGAAUGCUCGAGCAUUGUAAAGAGGAACAGAUAAGACCAAUCUAUAGAGAAGUCUUUGAAAGAGUCCUUGACUUAACAAAGGAUUAGUAUGGGAAUUAUGUAAUCUCUCAUGUGUUAGAGCAUGGAGCACCAUAGUAGAAAACCUUUGUUAUUAAUAAAAUGAGAAAGAAGGUAGUUCAAUUAAGUAUGCACAAGAAUGGAUCUAAUGUAAUUGAGAAGUGCCUCCAACAUGCAGAUCAGAACUAAAGAGAUGAACUUAUAGAUGAAAUUAUUAAUGUUAAGCUAAUGGAUGAUGCAAUUCCUUAAAAACAUCAAAGCAGUCAGCAAAAUUGUACUUUAAUGGAUUUAAUGAAAGACAAAUUUGGCAACUAUGUUAUCCAGAGAGUGCUCGAGUUCUGUAAUGAUUCUCAAAGAAAGGCUCUUAUAGAUAAGAUCCUUCAAAUAGCUACUCACAUGAAAAAGCAUAAGGGUCAUGCAAGACAUGUUUUUAACUAUAUUGAGAAAAACUACAAAAUCAAUAUAGUUUUUGCAGAGGAAGAAGAGAAAAAAGGAUCUAAAAAGUCAUCAGGCAAUGAAAGAAAAAGCCUUAAUUCAAAUUAGACUACCUAAAGUUUAAGCCUUACCUUGAGCAAGUAAGGGAGGAAUGGGAAAAUGAGUGAUGCUAAUCUUGGGCAAAGCCAAAAUAGAAUGUCCUCAACCAGUUUUAGUACAAAUGACAAUAAGAGUAAUAGCGGCAAUAAUAAUGGGUAGAGAAAAAGCAAGACAAAGAAUAAGAAGAAAAAUAUAAAUGAGCUUAAUUUAGUUUCACAAUAAUCUGAGACCUCAAUGGGAUAAAAAAGUAAUGGCGACUCAAUGAUGGAAUUCGAUAAGGGUGAUCAGUAUGCUUGA